UCGAGGUGGAAAAGCGUUUGAAAAUAUCGAGCUACAGACAGUGGGAGUAAAUAAAGAUAUUGCUUUGAUUUGAUUUCUUUGAGACCAGCAUCCCUGAACAUCAUCACGGCGUCUCUUGUUGACGAACUUAAACAAGCUUUACAUGACUUCGAAAAAAAAACACAGUUGUAGGGGCUAUAAUUUUAACAGGGAGAGGAAAAGCAUUUUCUGCAGGUAUAACUUAAACAUAUGCAUAAGUUACUUGUUUUAUUAAACUCUGCACUUUAAUAGAUAGAUAGAUGUGCAUAUUUUACAUGACUAGCCUCACAGAUAUCGAGGGAUAUACCCUGUCUAUUAUUAGUAAUUUUCGGUGCAACGUUUUUAAAUAGUGUUCUCGUUUAGGAUAGUGUUCCAAGACUCAGAAUGUUUAAAGGAAAAGAGAUAGGCGAAGGAUUGUUUAUUUAAACGGAAUAAUCAUCAACUUUAAAUCUCCCAAGGUUAGCAAAAGUCUUCGAAAAUAGCCUUACCCGAACUUACUUGACUCUUAUGUGUUUGGAAGGGGAAGUAGGGCACAAAACAAAUAUAGCCAAGGACGGUAGAUUCUAAAAACAAACAGGUUUGUAGUGGAAUAAUUCACUAUAUGAAGCAAACAACCGCAACGUCAUGUGAAAAAUUUAAUGGAAGAUUACAAAACCUGAUUUGAAAAAUAGAAACAUGCAUCUUAGUCUAUGUAUGACGUUAUAACACUUUUGUUGAGAACCAGAGCUGGUGCUAAGAAUUAUUUUAUUUUAGACUUAAGAAAAGAUGGUACCGAAUCGUCUUUUAAACAUGUAUGUCGACCAGGAGGUCUCGCACAUCUAUAUGUUUUGAUGUAAAAAGUGUGUUAAGUCAUAAUCACUUUUUGUAGGCGCUGAUCUUGACGAAUUUCAAGACAAGAGAUAUGCAGAUAUUGUUUGCAGCACUUUUCUACAAAGUCUUGACUGCAUGACAAUCUUUUCUAAGCCAAUCAUAGCAGCUGUCAGUGGGACUGCACUAGCUGGAGGAUGUUAAGUUGCCAUGAUGUGCGAUAUUGUCUAUGCUGCAGAAGACGGAAGCCAACCGGAAGUAUUAAUAGGUUUAAUCCCUGGUGCUGGAGGAACACAACGAUUGUCACGAGCGGUGGGUAAAUCGAAAGCUAUGGAAAUGUGUUUAACUGGAGAUAUGAUAACUGCGGAUGAAGCUCUGCAGUUUGGCUUAGUCAGCAAAGUUGUGGCAAAUGAUCAACUGCUUGACGAGUGUGUGAAAGUUGCAUCAAAGAUUGCAGCCAAUUCGAAAUUAAUUAAUGCUUUAUUCAAAGAAGCCAUCAACAAAGGGUACAUCCUAACGCUGGAUGAAGGCUGUCACUUUGAGAGAAGAUUAUUUCACAGCACGUUUGCUACGCAUGAUCAGAAGGAGGGAAUGACUGCUUUUAUAGAGAAAAGAAAAACGAUGUUCAAGGAGUAAUGAAUUUAAAAAUAUCAAUGGAAGCACGUCUUCGUUUUUGUUUUCAUGAGGAAGCCUAAAUUUCAGCUAAGGGUCUACAUGUGCUUAUUUUUUAAAGUUUUUAACCUAAAAUGUCCUGAUUUUGUGAAGAAAAUAUACACCGAUUCACCGUUGAUAAUGAUGAAUACGCUCAGGGUCGGAAGAAAAAGAUGGCGUUCAUCUUAUCGUAGAAAAUACACGUAUACUAAUAAAAAAAGAAAAACAGUUGGAAGUAAUUGUUUUAUUGUAAAUUCUAAACUAGAGUGAUUUCUUCUUAACUAUAAAGGAGUUCAUGCUG